UUCCCGCCCUCGUCUAUGGUGGCGGCGGCGGGGGACGCGGCUGCGGCGUGGCCAUGAACAGUGGCGGCGGCCUUCCGCCCCCCUCGGCCGCCGCCUCCCCGUCGUCCUCCUCGCUGGCGGCGGCCGUGGCGGUCGCGGUCGCGGCCUCGUCGGGCGUCGGGGGCGUCCCCGGCGGGCCGGCUGCGGGCGUGAAGCUCAAGUACUGCCGCUACUACGCCAAGGACAAGACGUGCUUCUACGGAGAGGAGUGUCAGUUCCUGCACGAGGACCCGGCCUCCGGCGCGGCCCCGGGGCUCGGCCUCCAUAGCAACAGCGUCCCGCUGGCGCUGGCGGCCGCGUCGGGGGCCGGCUUUCCUCCCGGAGCGCUCCCGGGCGGGGGAGCGGGGCCGCCCGCGGGGCCCAAGAAGCCGGAGCUGGGCGUCCCGGGGGCGGCGACAGCGGGCGGCGGACUCGAUGGACCGCGGGUGGCGAUUCCCGGAAUGGAUGGAGGUGCUUUAACUGACACAAGCCUCACAGAUUCCUAUUUCAGCACCAGCUUCAUUGGAGUGAAUGGAUUUGGAAGCCCGGUAGAAACAAAGUAUCCCUUGAUGCAGAGAAUGACUAGUAGUAGCAGCUCCCCAAGCCUUCUAAAUGACAGUGCCAAGCCAUACACAGGCCACGAUCCUCUGACUUCAUCUGCGUCAUCCUUGUUUAAUGACUUCGGUGCCCUCAACAUCUCCCAGAGAAGGAAGCCAAGGAAGUAUCGCCUGGGGAUGCUGGAGGAGAGGCUAGUUCCGAUGGGAUCCAAGGCACGAAAAGCAAAGAACCCUAUUGGCUGCCUUGCUGACAGGUGUAAAUCAGGAGUACCCAUCAAUAUGGUUUGGUGGAACAGAGUCACAGAAAACAAUUUACAGACACCAAAUCCUACUGCAAGCGAAUUUAUACCUAAAGGAGGAUCAACCUCCAGGCUGAGUAACGUGUCCCAGUCAAAUAUGUCUGCCUUCUCUCAAGUUUUCUCUCACCCAUCCAUGGGAAGUCCUGCUACUGCUGGAUUAGCACCAGGAAUGUCACUGUCUGCUGGAUCUUCCCCUCUCCAUUCCCCCAAAAUUACUCCACACACCUCUCCUGCUCCUAGAAGAAGAAGCCACACUCCAAACCCAGCGAGUUUCAUGGUGCCGCCUAGUGCCUCCACUCCUGCCAAUAACCCUGUUCCUCAGACUCCGUCCUCUGGUCAAGUGAUCCAGAAGGAGACUGUCGGGGGGACGACUUACUUCUAUACAGAUACAACUCCAGCACCUUUGACUGGAAUGGUAUUUCCAAACUAUCAUAUUUACCCACCAACUGCACCUCAUGUUGCUUACAUGCAACCCAAAGCAAACGCACCUUCCUUCUUCAUGGCCGACGAGCUCCGACAGGAGCUGAUCAACAGACAUUUAAUAACAAUGGCUCAAAUUGAUCAAGCAGAUAUGCCAGCAGUCCCCACAGAAGUUGACAGCUACCAUAGUCUGUUCCCUCUAGAACCACUGCCACCCCCAAACCGGAUACAGAAAUCAAGUAAUUUUGGAUAUAUCACAUCUUGCUACAAAGCUGUAAAUAGCAAAGAUGAUUUGCCAUAUUGCCUUCGAAGGAUACAUGGUUUUAGUCUUGUUAACACAAAGUGCAUGGUGUUGGUUGAUAUGUGGAAAAAAAUUCAGCACUCAAAUAUUGUAACUCUGCGUGAAGUGUUUACCACUAAAGCAUUUUCCGAGCCUUCUCUUGUGUUCGCGUAUGAUUUCCAUGCUGGAGGAGAAACUAUGAUGAGCAGACACUUUAAUGACCCAAAUUCUGACGCUUACUUCACAAAGAGAAAGUGGGGCCAGCAUGAUGGACCGCUGCCCAGGCAGCAUGCUGGGUUGUUGCCAGAGUCUCUCAUUUGGGCAUAUAUUGUCCAGCUGAGUUCUGCUCUGCGUACCAUUCAUACAGCAGGGUUGGCAUGUAGAGUAAUGGACCCAACGAAGAUUCUGAUAACCAGCAAAACAAGGUUACGAGUCAAUUGUGUAGGAGUUUUUGAUGUUUUAACAUUUGAUAACAGUCAAAAUAAUAAUCCUUUGGCGUUAAUGGCUCAAUACCAGCAAGCAGAUCUGAUAUCAUUAGGAAAAGUUGUGUUGGCUUUGGCUUGCAACUCUUUGGCAGGAAUUCAACGAGAAAAUUUACAGAAAGCCAUGGAAUUGGUGACAAUCAACUACUCCUCUGACCUGAAGAACCUCAUCUUGUACUUGUUGACUGACCAAAACAGGAUGCGGAGUGUGAAUGACAUCAUGCCCAUGAUUGGUGCUCGGUUUUACACUCAACUGGAUGCUGCUCAAAUGAGAAAUGACGUUAUCGAGGAAGACCUUGCUAAGGAGGUUCAAAAUGGAAGACUGUUUAGGCUUCUAGCAAAAUUGGGAACAAUCAACGAGAGACCAGAGUUUCAGAAGGAUCCAACCUGGUCAGAGACUGGAGACCGGUAUCUGUUGAAACUCUUCAGGGAUCAUCUUUUUCAUCAGGUGACAGAAGCAGGUGCUCCCUGGAUCGACCUCAGUCACAUCAUUUCUUGUCUUAACAAGCUGGAUGCUGGUGUGCCAGAAAAGAUAAGCCUGACCUCCAGGGACGAGAAGAGCGUGCUGGUGGUGACGUACAGUGACCUAAAACGCUGCUUCGAAAAUACCUUUCAGGAACUGAUUGCGGCUGCGAAUGGUCAGUUGUAGUAUUUGCUAAAAAUGUUGACAGGGCAUGGUGAAGGACCAAGCCUAUAGCCAGUUUGCACUACGGCUGACCUGUCCUCCCAUCUCCUGCCACCAGGGGAAUGAGCAGGAAGGAGCGAAGCUUCUCGCGCGUGGCUCAGGUGCUCUGUUACUUGAGGAAGAAUGUCUCACUUUGUACGCACUCUGGCUGCCACAGGCCUCCGAAGAAUUUAUUCAGACUAAGGUCACCUUUCGGUGAAUGAUGCUCCUGCUCAUGGUUUUCCACUCGUGUAUGCACUAAUCUUAAUUUUUUAAAGACUUUUCCUGACCUUUGACCUCCUGCCACAGUGUAUGCUUACUAAGGGAAUUAUUUGCAAGGACACUGGGGAACAGGAAGGGGGCAGCUGAUUGCUCGCCACUGAGAGACGCAGAAUUUGCUCUUGGGGAUGGCCAGGUCAGUAGUUCCUAGAAAUGCCGUGUAGUGCGUAGUCAGUCCUUAAGAGUGUCGUACGCAAGCUCCAGCUGCCGGCCACCCACGUGAGCUCAAAUUGAUGCUUGUGCUGUGUUUAAGAGCACUCAGAGAGAAUAUCCCUGAGUUCUCAGAUAUGAAUUCCCGUUUGUUGAUUUAAAUCCUUUUCCAGGUAACGAUCGGAGCAGUAACUGAAGGAGCAGGCGCUGCUCUUCUCCAGGUUCAUCCAGAGGCUUCUUCAGAGAGGCGUCUGCCUGCCAGUCACAUACACUUAGAUUGACGUAAUUUUUAAUAGCAAAAUGAAAUUGUGCUGAAGGCCUGAAAGUUGAGGAGUUACAUUACUUUAGGGUCUUUCCAGUUUGCUUUUUCCCUUUGAACUCCAGCUUUAUAAUGGUACUUACACUGGAUCUGGACUCACUGUCGAGAGAGAAGGUGGGCUGAGCACAGCAGUGGCCUGAUGCUUUGCGGCCUGGCUCUGGAGGACACUUUCCUGCUGUGCCUUUGCACUCACUGCUUAACCCAAAGUAACAGGACUUUCGGUCAUCUGAGAAGGCCAUCUCAAAAGUUGCAGUUUUCCUCUUUGGAACUUUCUUACUAUUUGGACAUGCAGUUGUCGCCAAACUCAAGUAUUUGUGGGACUUGUGGUCACUUCGAUACUGAAGACUGCCAAAUACAUUGGGAUUUUCUCCUACACAGCCGCCAUGAAGACUCCAUCUCCUUCCCCAAGCCGCGUGCUGAGCGCGCACUGGGUGUGCACCGCAGAGCUGGGAAGAAAGUGUGGGGACUCAGAGGGUCGGGACAGACUCCCAAGCACUUGCAACUGAUGUUACUGUCUUCGUUUUUAACAAGUACACCUAUUUGUAUAUUUCAGAGAAGUUUUUAACAUUUCUCUGUCCACUUUUUAUAAGCUUUAAAAUGAUUUUUUCUCUGCCUUGAGAUUUGCAUCAAGAAAAAGCACCUCUCUUCACCGAAAAGCUUUGAGGACUAGAGACACACUUCACACGUCUAACAAGCACGUCUGCGUCCGCGAGCGGUAGCAUCAGUCGUUAACAAGAAAAUUAAUUAUUGCAUUUGAUCUGGAUGGAUUUUAAAAGAACAUAAUGUUCAAUAUUCAAAGGAUAAUGACCAUUUGCCACCAUGAUGUCCCUUUUAUUUAAAGGGAACAAGAACUUUGAGUGUAACACACAGAAAUCUUUAUCAUUAGCUCAUGUAUUGAGGAAGAGCAGCUGUCUUUUUAUAUGUUUUUUGACAAAUCAUAUUGUAAUUCUUUUGUACAAAAAAGAACUACUUGUAUUCUAGAAGAAAUAUGAAAUGCUUAAUUUAUAAGCGGGCUGGAGAUUUUUUUCCAAUAUUGUUUUCUUUGAAAAUGAAAGGGGAUCAUCUAUUUUAGUUUUUGGGGGCCUGGGAACUUUUUGAAAAUUUUCAUUUGUGGACCAAUGUUAUGUGAAUGCUAAAGAAGGGCAGGGGUAAAAUAGGGCUUGAAUCUCUUGUUCCGCAUAGACCAGCAAACUCCCCUCUGCAAGGCAGGUUCACAUCACAACCCCAGAGAGUCUGCAUCAGAAACGCUAGUUUGCUUCAGCCCCUGGUAACCUCAGGACUUGGUGUGGGUAUAAAAGGUAGUCAGCUGAAAGUUUUCAUAAGUAAAUAUUGUCAGCCAGAAAACAGUUGGUGUCAGGUAAUGCACAUUUUUUUAGCUUUGUUUUAUAUUUAUUUUCAUUGGGAAUGGUUUUCAAAAGAAUUCUUGAGUUCUCUGCUUUGAUAGGUUUCUUUCUUUCUUUUUUUCUUUUUUCCGUUUUUUUGUUUUGUUUUGCUUUGCUUUUUUUUCUGGGAGCCCUCUGUUCCACGGUGUAAACCCAUAUAGGAGGUUGUCUGAAAGUUACUAUUCAGUGCAUAGGAAGAGUUUACUAUCUGAGAAUAUCGAAUGAAGGACGUGAACUCACCGUGACUUCCUGUGUGACAACACAACACGGAAAGGACAACCCUGAAAUCAUGUGGUGUCGCUCACUUCAGCUGUGUGCCCAUCUCCAAUCCCGUUAGUGUGUUUACUUCAUUGCAGAUGCCUUUGAGGGAGCCCUCUAUUCUGCUUUGACCUUGGUUCUGUCAUGGAUAGCAACAUUGUCUCUAAAAAGCACCAGUAUGUUUAAGUUCUAAUGUCACGAUCCCAGUACCUGUUUCUCAUCUUUAACCCUGUUUUCAGUCUCUAUGUGUAUAGCAGUAUUUUUUAAUAAAGAAUUACAGAGAUAAA